AUGGAUCACAUCAUUCUCGUCUGCGGAAAGUGGAAAUUUGAAAGAAAAAAAAAGUGGUUAUUUGAAGUGGAUAAUGAUCAAGGUAGUAAAUUACUUGCAGCUAACGAGGAAACUAGAUAUGAAGAUUUUGUGAAAAUCAUAUAUGAGGAUUACGAAGUUGAUUUCGCAGAACACGAGUUGGAGCUUACGUACGUUUUGCCAAAACGUAACCUGGUCAAGGAAAACCUCGAUACCCCUCCUGUGAAAGUUGAAGAAGCUAGCAAAGAACCAGAAGAAACCCUGCAAAAAGAUGACUCAUUGUCGGCAGAGGAUGAAGAUAUGGAUGAAGACAAUGAUCGAUUUGAUUACUGCGACGAUUUUGAUGGAGCAACGUCUGAUGACGAAAACUUUACCUCAUAUGGGUUUCCGCCAGACCAACUUAAAGCUACACCAGUAGGUGAAUCUUCAAGGUUCACAAUCCGAGUAUAUGUAGAUGAACAUUCCUGCUCAGUAACAGAGCGUUCGUCUCGUUCUCGACAAGCCACUCUUGAAAUUCUUGGCCUCUUGUACAAAGAAUAUAUUGGUGGGGUUGAUCGAACUAUUUUGCCACGUCAUGUUGAAAAUGCUAUGAACAUGAGCUUCAGAAUCAAGAUGGAUUACUGGAAAUCUCAUCGUACACUUAUAGUUGCUAGAGAUCUCGUAAUGGGUUCAUCGGAGAAUGGAUAUGAGGAGUUACCUUCUUACAUGCACAAGAUUAGAAUGGCAAAUCCUGGGACCUUAGCUCGACUGGAAGUUGAUGCAAACGAUAGAUUUAAGUACUUAUUCCUUGCAUUCAGCGCUAGCAUUACUGGCUUCCCAUUUAUGAGAAAGGUUGUGGUGGUUGUUGGUACUUUUUUGCAAGGAAAAUACAAAGGAACGCUUCUCAUUGCAACAUCACAGGAUGAGAAUGAUGAAUCAUGGACAUGGUUCUUCCGUCAACUCAGCCAUGUGAUACCCGAUGAUGAAGGAUUGGCAUUAAUUUCUGACAGGCACAAGUCAAUAAGGAAGGCAAUUUCAGUGGUCUAUCCAUUGGCUAGCACGGGAAUUUACACGUACCACUUAUAUAAGAACAUCUUGUUACGGUACAGAGGACGUGAUCUGUUUGGUUUGGUCAAAAAAGUUUCGUACUCUUUUAGAUUAGCUGACUUUGAAGCAAGCUUCGAGGCGAUUAAAGGGUUAAAUCCAGAUUUACAUGCAUAUUUGGAACGUGCUGAUGUGUGUAAGUGGGCUCGAGCGCAUUUUAGAGGUGAUAGAUAUAACAUCCUUACAAGUAACAUAGCUGAAUCCAUAAACAGAGCUUUGUCAGAUGUGAGAAGCUUGCCAAUUGUUCGCCUUUUAGAGUCUAUCCGAUUAAUGAUGACACGUUGGUUUGCAACAAGAAAACAUGAUGCUGACUUGAUGAAAACUUCUCUGACUCGUGGUGUGGAGAAGUUGUUGGAGGGCCGUAUACCUAUUGCUAAUCUAUUAAAGGUUCAAGCUAUCGACAUUCAUCAGUCACAAGUGAUGGGAGUCUCAUCUUUACAUGUUGUAAGCCUUAAGGAAAAAACAUGUUCUUGCCGUAGAUUUGAUUUGAAGAAACUACCAUGUGCUCAUGCUAUAGCUGCUGCGGAAGCUGGAAAGAUAUCACGUAUAUCACUUUGUCACAAUUACUAUCGGAUGCAGUACCUUUACAAUGCAUAUUUCACUCCUGUUAUGCCCAAUGCUGAUAUUCCAAUUCCAGAAGAAGUUGCAAAGAGAAUCUGUUUACCGCCUGAUGUCCGCCAACCACCGGGAAGACCAAAAAAAUCAAGACAUAAAUCUAUUUUGGAGAAAGUUGCAGACAAGAAGCGGCCAAAGAAGGAACACACAUCUAGAAUUUGUAACCAUGUGGGACACAAUUCUACAACAUGUCCUCUUAAGUGA